AGACUUUCCGUCCGCAAAGUGUGCCGUAAACUGCGCGAUGCCAUCGAUUUCACUGAUCCAGGCUUCAAGACCGUCGAGGUUCACAUCACUGAUGAUCUGUGCUUGCUUUGGGCGAAUAGUCAGUUUUCAUUUUACAGUAUGACUGUCUCCGGAGGCAUUAUUUU